CUCUUCCAUGUGCAAAUUCCUUCAAAGUGGUGUUGGUUACAUUAGAUGAUUGUUUUACAGGUCAGCAAUCAUGCUUGAUGUGAUUGCAGUCAGUGCACUUAUAAUAUAUAUAACCCGUGUGGUACUGGGUUACAAACAGACAUGGGAUCGAUAUCAACUUCUGGUCAACAGAACACUCUAUGAGAAAACUUUAGCUAGUGGCUUUGGCUCAGUUCAUUUUCUUUUGGAUGCUUCCGAACAGCAGCAAUACAAGGAAGCCAUUUUAGCAUAUGCACUCCUGCUCCAAUCUGGAAGUGAUAAGGUAAAUUGCCGUUGGACUGUUGGGAAUACAUGUGAGAGAUUCAUACAUGAAAAGUUCAAGGAAAAGAUUGAAAUGCCAGUUGACAAGGCCAUGGAUACGCUUCUGAGGUUGGGUCUUGUAACAGAGCAACCUUUUGAUGGGUACUUAAAGCUGCAGGCUGUUCCAUGUGUCAAGGCAUAUAAGGCCCUUGAGCAACGUUGGAACAGCUUGAUUGGAUUAGGAUAAGCACAUUUUGCUGGCUUUUACAGGUACGUUAAUCUAAUAUAACCUUUGAUGUAUUUUUGUUUGUGAAUCAACUUCGAAAAUUCAUGUCAUAUCAGGUUGUUUAAUUGCCUGC